AUGGAGAGCUCACGAGGGUUGGAGUGUAGGGAGAUAAAUCUGCAGUGUCUCUUCCCGCUAUCGACUUAUGCCUACGCAAUUGCAUCUUUGAUAUCAAGAGACCUAGGAGAAGCAACCCUGAAACAGGAAGUCGGGAACCACUCUGCUCUCACCACGUAUUUAAGCUGGAUUUUCGGCUUGUUUGAAGCAACACCCGUUCACGCACAAAACUCUAUUGGGAUUGCUUUCCAAAUGAGAUCCUCUCAUCCAAUCGCUAACCGCCCCGAAAUUACACCAAGGGCAGAGAACGGUGGAAAAUUCCCCGAAUACGGCAGAAGCAUCAUCUUUGAUUAUCAUAGCGUCUCAUCUCAAUUUCCCUCCAAAUCGCUCCCGUGGCCUCCGAAGUGGUGUAAUCGCUUAUUCGUGCAUCCCGACCGACUGGCUUUGACCGUUCAGCGCUGCGAGAUUGCCUGGAUUGUCCUCGACCUCUUGUGGCCGAUCAUUUGUGUCCUCCACUGGGGUCAAUCCAAAAUUGUGGUGUUGGCCGGACCAUGCCAGAUUUACCUUGCCAAUGUCGGCGGACAUGAACAUACACAUACCUACAAUACAUACAUAGUCGACACAGGGGCGAUGUGCCAGCCGAAAUCCCGAUUCAUCGCCAUUGCGAAGUUAGGGACGACCAUUAAUGACCUCCUGCCAGCUGAAAUAUGCGUCAACGGUUAAACCCGGUCGGGUUGAUAAUCCGUGAAAACACAACCCCCGACAUCGCCAUUUAGGCUUAAUGUCAACUUCUGACUGAUAGAAUUGAAGACGAAACGCUAUCCGUUCCAUACUGGAUAGGGCAAGGCUGUAUCCUCAGCUCAUGAGGAACCGGGGAGAGCUAUCACGAGAAUAAUACGUGACAGCAGCCCGCGAGAAAGAGAAUGGAUGACUGGCUGCACAACCAGCGCGGUGGAUUAGCAAAGGUAGACUCGAGAAUUGAAAUGUACACAGUGAAUUCCAAAUAAUAGAAUUGAAUUGAAU